AUGUCAGAUCAACAAACAAAGACUGAGGAGUUGAGACUCAAGGGCAAUCAGUUGUUUGCAAAGGGAGAGUUCAGCGAGGCUUUGAAGGUCUAUGCUGAGGCAUUAGAGUGUGAUCCCACUGACUUUACAAUCAUAUCGAAUCAAUCAGCAUGUUACUUUGAGUUGGGAUCAUACUCAAAUGCGAUUGAAGCAUCAAAUAGAGUGAGAGUAAUGAUCGCUGCACAAGGUGGACAAGAUCCCAAACAAUUGGACAAGAAGAACUUGAUGCGUAUCGUCAAGGCACUGUUCACAAUCAAUGAUCGUGACAACUUGAUCACUCUACUCAAUGAUCAUUCAGCCGAUCUCAAAGGAAGCAGUCCAGAGAUGGACAAGAUCUACACAUCCAUCGAACAAGAGAACAAACGAUUGGCUGCCGACGCGACUACACCACCAAUACGCGUGAACGACCUACCACGCUUCCUUCCACUUCGUUGCUACAGAGGCGAGUACUUUGUUAUGGGACAUGACCAGCCAAUCAGUGCACUGGGGUACAAGAUUGAACCCAUCAAGAAGGACCAGUAUUCGCCCAAGGAUGGCGAACUGACCAGAUUCGAACAGGCUCAUACUAUCUCGCUGGCCGAGCAUCCACAGCUAUCAUUCUUCUUUGGUGGCUGCAAUGAUGGUCGUCACGCCAUCAUCACCUACGCUGACCUCAAUCGACAAGUGUCGACGAUGCCUGCCAACACCAAGAUGCACUUCACGCUCAAUGACAUCAAGGCAUCGUCUCUGGCUCGUAACCUUAUCUUUACGCACUUGCUCUACUCACUUGGCGCCAACGACUCCAUCGACGCCAUUUACAAGGACAAGCAGGUCGCCCUCGAAGCAUCACUGCUUUACUUUAUGUACUUCAGUGUGGCCAUUCCACGCGCUAUCUAUCAACGACUCAUUCAAAUUAUCGACCAUCUCCUCAGCUUCACGUCACACGAUCAGUUACCAGAGCACAUCAUCGUCGACAAGGCGGCAUGGACAUUGAUACGCACCUCGCUCAACUACUGGCGUGGCAACCUGGGAGUCACAACCAAGACCAUGCGUGAGAAUACAUCGACUGGCGCAUCAAAGGAGCUCUUGGACGAGAUUACAGCAUCGUCCUCAGAAUCGUCCAAAAAGGUCCUUGGCGCCAAGGACGCUCAGAAACAAGCAUUGUUGGAGCAGAUGAAGAACUUUGACUUUAUGAAGAGCAUGAUUCCAAACCUCACGCGCGAGGAGUUCGACGCCAAUUUGAGCAAGAUGACAGAGAUGUUUGAAGAGAACUCUGAUUCACUCGUAAAGUCAUCAUCUCUACCAUCUUUUGCGGCUGCGUUGCAAUGGAACAGAGUAUUCAAGACAAUGCCAGUGCCCGAGCCCCUGUUGAUGUGUGAUGGCACCGAGUUUGAAGGCAAACUCUUUGAAUUAUUCUGUGAAAUCAGCAAUAAGACCAAGUCGAGAGAUACCUCGCCCCCAAAGGCCAUCGUCAGUAGCAAGGAGUUCGAUCUCAAAUGGGUGCCCAACGUCACCAUGCUUGACCCAGACUACCAACACUUCUCCCAACUCACCUUUGACCCAAUCGACAGUCUUCCAUUCUUUGUCUCAAUGAAGUGGCUUGGCGAACCAGAGAUGGAGGAGCCAGUGUUCUUUGAUUACUUUAUGAAUGUUGCUUUCCAGGCUGCCAGGGGACUGCGUCAAUGUACCGAUCGCAAGUACCUCACGGUGGAGUUUGAUGUUGGUGACCUGAACAAAUCGUUGGAGAGAAUACGCAAGGAUGUGGAUAAGGGUCGUCAGGCCAAGAACCUUCCUACCAAGUUCGAUCGCAUCUUCCUGACCAAUGUACCCGACUACACUGGUCAGCUCACUGUGCUCGUCGACACGAUCAACAGUCUCAAGUUUGAGUCACACUCAUUCAUCAUGUUCAACGUGAUCCUCAACACUGGCCUGUUCCAUGACUAUGAAGAGGCGGUCCAUUCGCACACACUCCUGCCAUCCAUCGCCCACGCUCAGAAGUACCUGGGCGUUCGUUGUCUAGAAGAUCAGCUGUGGGGAGACAACACAUGGACACAUGUUGCCAAGAAGAGUGAUGACCUGCCCAUGCCACUCGAUUCACUGGCCAAGCGUGAUGAGAUCUGGUUGUGGCUUGUCCGUGUGUUCAUCAACAUCAUGCUGCCCGCCAAGAUCAACCCGGCCGAUGUUGUCACGUUCAACUGUCCCAACAACAUGUCGAUCUUCUUCCGCAUCCUCGAUCGUCUCCGCGACGUUGGAUAUCCACUUCACUGGCUCACAUCAUUCAUUGAUCAACUGUUGUCCGGCAGUGUCAAGUCUGCCGCUGCACUCUCAGACAAACGAGCCAUCAAGGUUGGAACGGCAGUGAGCUCCACGCCAAAGACAAUCAACACGAUGGCAUUCCAAGUUGAGCUCAGGACCAUUGCCUCACUCUGGGUGGGCCAAUCACUCAACGCUCGCAUCAUCACGCCCUUGCCCAACCCAUCGGACAUCCAUCAAUGGAUUAUAGGAUCAUUCAAAAUGCUCGACAACGUUAUGGGCAGACCCAUAACCAUUCAAGACAGACCACUCUACUCGGCCGUCAUUAUAUGUGGUCUAUGUCCAAAGCAAUACGUCAUGCAACCACUCAUGCUGUCGACACGUGGUAUUGAUGAAGGAAUUAGAAAGGUCGUUUUGGACACCAUCACCUCUGACAGCAUAUUACAAUUCAUCACAAUGAUUGAUUGGAACGAUGAUGAAGAGUGUCUUUCAUUCUGGAUGUCACAAACAGACAUGGACCGAUUGAUCCAUCAAAAAUCAACCAUCAUGAUCUAUCGCAAUGAUGUAUAUCGCGCUGUAACCAACACACUUUCACUCAAUCAAGCAAAGAAAGUAGUUAUGUGA